GGAGAAAAAAAUAUAUUGUUACAAAUUAUAAAUAAAUCUUAAAUAUUUUAAACUGAAAUAUUAAAUUCUAAUAUUUUAAACUAAAAUAUCAAAUUCUAAUAUACAGUAUUUUUUUUUUCUUGUUAUAAAUCAUAGCUACAUGGUUUUUUUUUUUCUUUGAUUAAUUGCACGCUAUAAAAAGUUGUUUAUCUAAAAAUAAAACAAACAAAUUUUUGUAAAAAAAAAUAAAACACAUAAAUAAAGAAAAAAAAAACAAAAUAUAGUAGUAUUUUUUUUUGGUACAAAAUACUACUAGUAUUUUUUUUUUGGUAUUCUACUAUAGUAGUAUUUUAAUUUAGAAAAAAAAGUUGUUAUUUUUGGAUGCGCUGUAUCCUCGUCAAAACAAAUUCAGUUUAAGGUAAAUCCAAAUCCUAAAUUAAUUGAGCCAAUAACGUACGCACCUUCCUUAAUUUCAGCAAAAUUUUGUUCACCAUUUCUGAUACAUUCAUUCAUCUCUAUCACAAAAUCUCUCUCCCUAUAUAACCCACUUCCCAUUCUCCAAAAAAACCAGUCCUAUUCCAAAUCAAUAAUCUUCUCUCCCCUUCCAUUCACAAUCCCAUGAUAUUCACGAUGGGUCUCUUUCAAAGAUCACAUCUUCCUCUCGCCAUCGUGCUUUCUCUCUCCUUUCUUUCUCUUGCGUUUUCCCUUGACAUGUCCAUUAUUGACUAUGAUGCAAAAGUUGAAUCUCAUCUUAUGAAUAUGUAUGAAUCAUGGUUGGUUAAACAUGGUAAGGUAUAUAAUGCAUUAGGUGAGAAAGAACGUAGAUUUGAAAUCUUUAAAGAUAAUCUUAGGUAUGUUGAAAAUCAUAACAAUGUGGAGGGUCAAAGUUUUAAAUUAGGUCUCACAAAGUUUGCUGAUCUUACCAAUGAGGAAUAUCGUUCCAUGUUUUUGGGUACAAGGAGUCGUAAAUCUAAAGGUUUGUUAUCUGGUUCUAAGAAAAGUACUCGUUAUGCUUUUCGCGAUGACGAUGAAUUGCCUGAGUCUGUUGAUUGGAGGGAGAAAGGUGCUGUUGUUGAUGUCAAAGAUCAAGGCCAAUGUGGGAGUUGUUGGGCAUUCUCAACAGUUGGUGCUGUGGAAGGGAUCAAUAAAAUUGUAACAGGUGAUCUGAUAUCUCUAUCAGAACAAGAGUUGGUGGAUUGUGAUAAAGGUUAUAACAUGGGAUGCAAUGGAGGUCUUAUGGAUAAUGCUUUUGAGUUUAUAAUGCAAAAUGGAGGCAUUGAUACCGAAGAUGAUUACCCUUAUCGUGCUAGCGACAAUACUUGUGAUCCAAACAAGAAAAAUGCCCGGGUAGUCACUAUCGAUGGAUAUGAAGAUGUUCCAGAAAAUGAUGAGAAAUCCUUGAAGAAGGCCCUUGCGUUUCAACCUGUUAGCGUUGCCAUUGAAGCUGGUGGCAGGGCAUUUCAACUUUACCAAUCGGGUGUUUUUACCGGCACUUGUGGAACGGAACUUGAUCACGGCGUUGUGGCAGUUGGAUAUGGAACAGAAAACGGCACAGAUUACUGGUUAGUGAGAAACUCAUGGGGUUCAUCAUGGGGUGAGGGUGGUUACAUUAAGUUGGAGAGGAAUUUGAAAUCAACCCAAACUGGUAAGUGUGGGAUUGCAAUGGAAGCAUCAUAUCCUGUCAAGAAGGGUCAGAACCCUCCAAACCCUGGUCCUACACCUCCAUCACCUGCAAAGCCUUCAACUGUUUGUGAUGAAUACUACACUUGCUCAGCUGGGACUACAUGCUGUUGCCUUUUUGAGUAUGGAAACUUCUGCUUUGCUUGGGGAUGCUGUCCUAUUGAGUCUGCAACUUGCUGCGAUGACGGUUCCAGCUGUUGUCCUCCUGAUUACCCCGUCUGUGAUGCUGACGCCGGAACUUGCCGAUUGAGUAAAGAUAAUCCAUUUGGAGUGAAAGCUUUGAAACGGACACCUGCUACAAGUACUUGGAGUUGGACUCAAAGAAAACUGCUAUGAGAAGAAACUAAAAGUGAGAGAAGAGAUUGAAAUACUCAUGGCUGGUUUAGGCACAACAAAUCAACAAUCUAUUAUGUAUAUACAACCAAACAGCAUUAUUGUUUUUCAUUUAUUUUAAACUGAUUGGUGUAAAUAUCUGCAGAACUGCUCAAGCAGUAUGCACUUCGGAUAUUGAUGAUGUUAAUAGAUUGUAUAUAUUUGCCAAUUCUUUA